CCGCACCUCCCAGGCAGCCACACUAAUAGGUUCCUGGCUGGAGAGGAGCGUGUGAUGAGGAGAAGGCUCCAAACCCUCGGCUCCUCAGGCAGGGUCGGAGCUGCAGGGGGCCAGGGAGGGGAGCAGAGAGCGAGAGAAGGAGGAAGGAAGAGAAGAGAGCCUGGAAGGCUCGCUGAGUCAGCUAGGCGAGCAGCCUCAGGGUCGCAGGUUCCUGUGGGAACCGGGGCUGCUUCCAGGCCGGCCAGAGCUCUUCUCACACCACCGCCUCUCACCCUCUCCCGGUCUCUGCACCUCCCUCAAGAAAGGUCCCUGGGCUCUGGCCGCGAUAUUCCCAGCUUGAAUCCGGUUACAGGCGGCGUGUCCGGCACGCAGGAGCCCCGGGUUCCAGCAGGACACCGUCUCUGGGCCCGCUCUCCCCUCUCAGCCCUGCUGCUACCGCUUCUCCUCCACCUCCGCCCUCACCAGCUCCAGCUCGGAGAGACGCCACCCAGCCGCGGCGGGUACUCGAGGCCCGGGGUCACGCACUGAAGAGGGGAGCUAGAUCGGGGGCCCUAGACCGGACCCAGGGCUCGGUAGGGGGCGUCCUGGGGCGGAGAGUGAAAGGACAGGUGGUAUAUAAAGGUGUGGGAGUCGCCCACUCCGAAGCCCGCGCUUCUCCCCUGAGCCAUCUCCGCGCAGCCCCACUCGGGCCAGCGCCUCGCGAGCUAGCCCAUCUGUGGCAUCCGCCGUCGCCUCCUCCUUGCACCUCCUCGCCGACCCCUCCCUCCCGGGACCUGCAUCCCGCUCCGCCAAUCAGCGCCCGAUUGCCUCUUCCCACGUGAUCUCGGGCGGGCUAAGGACCUGCUGCUUCCCAAACGCCAGAGGGAUGCGGGCGGCAGAGCGCGAGAGGCGGCUGCUGGGCUGUGGGGCGCUUUGACUCUCCUUCCACCCAGCCUCCUUGGACUCCUCUCCUCUGCCCUCUGGACUCCGGUCUCCUCGUGACCCCCUGGCUGCCCAGAGCCCCCUCCUAUGGCAGCAGCCCCCCGAGUCUCCGGCGCGGCUUCUCAGCGGACGACCCUCUCGCUCCCGGGGCUGGGCCGGGUCGCUGGAUGUUUCUGAAACUCUGGAGACCAUGCGCGGGUUUGGCCGCUGCUUCCCCGUCGGGUGCCACUGCCACCGCCGCCGCCCGUGCUGCCGCCGUCCGCGGGAUGCUCAGUAGCCCGCUGCCCGGCCCCCGCGAUCGCGUGUUCUUCGGAAGCCGUUUGCUACUGCAGAGUUGCGCGAACUAGUCAUGGUGCUGUGGGAGUCCCCGCGGCAGUGCAGCAGCUGGACACUUUGCGAGGGCUUUUGCUGGCUGCUGCUGCUGCCGGUGAUGCUACUCAUCGUAGCCCGCCCGGUGAAGCUCGCGGCUUUCCCUACCUCCUUAAGUGACUGCCAAACGCCCACCGGCUGGAACUGCUCCGGUUAUGAUGACAGAGAAAAUGAUCUCUUCCUCUGUGACACCAACACCUGUAAAUUUGAUGGGGAAUGUUUAAGAAUUGGAGACACUGUGACUUGCGUCUGUCAGUUCAAGUGCAACAGUGACUACGUGCCUGUGUGUGGCUCCAAUGGGGAGAGCUACCAGAAUGAGUGCUACCUGCGGCAGGCUGCCUGCAAACAGCAGAGCGAGAUACUUGUAGUGUCUGAAGGAUCAUGUGCCACAGAUGCAGGAUCAGGAUCUGGAGAUGGAGUCCAUGAAGGCUCAGGAGAAACCAGUCAAAAGGAGACUUCAACCUGUGAUAUUUGCCAGUUCGGUGCAGAAUGUGAUGAAGAUGCUGAGGAUGUCUGGUGUGUGUGCAACAUCGACUGUUCCCAAACCAACUUCAAUCCCCUCUGUGCUUCUGAUGGGAAAUCUUAUGAUAAUGCAUGUCAAAUCAAAGAAGCAUCAUGUCAGAAACAGGAGAAAAUUGAAGUCAUGUCGUUGGGUCGAUGUCAAGAUAACACAACUACAACUACUAAAUCUGAAGAUGGGCAUUAUGCAAGAACGGAUUAUGCAGAGAAUGCUAACAAGUUAGAAGAAAGUGCAAGAGAACACCACAUACCUUGCCCAGAACAUUACAAUGGUUUCUGCAUGCAUGGGAAGUGUGAACAUUCUAUCAAUAUGCAGGAGCCAUCUUGCAGGUGUGAUGCUGGUUAUACUGGACAACACUGUGAAAAAAAGGACUACAGUGUGCUGUACGUUGUUCCCGGCCCUGUACGAUUUCAGUAUGUCUUAAUCGCAGCUGUGAUUGGGACCAUUCAAAUUGCUGUCAUCUGUGUGGUGGUUCUCUGCAUCACAAGGACCAAACUUCAGGUAACAGCACUGGACUAAGAUUUGUAAACUUUCCAACCUUCUAGGAAAUGCCCCAGAAGCAACAGAAUUCACAGACAGAAGCAAAAUACAGGGCACUACAGUUCAGACAACACAACAAGAGCAUCCACGAGGUUAAUCUAAAGGGAGCAUGCUGCACAGUGGCCGGACUUCUGAGAGCUGGGACUACACAAUACAGUAUUAUAGACAAAAGAAUAAGACAAGAGAUCUACACAUGUUGCCUUGCAUUUGUGGUAAUCUACACCAAUGAAAACAUGUACUACAGCUAUAUUUGAUUAUGUAUGGAUAUAUUUGAAAUAGUAUACAUUGUCUUGAUGUUUUUUCUGUAAUGUAAAUAAACUAUUUAUAUCACACAAUAUAGUUUUUUCUUUCCCAUGUAUUUGUUAUAUAUAAUAAAUACUCAGUGAUGAGAAAAAAUUGGCAUUCUUAAAUUUGCGGUAUCUCAUAACUGUAAAUAUAAUCAAGCUGGUACAAUCUGCAGGUACCAGUAGUUCAUCUUUCCCCACAUCUUGAGACAGAGCAUUAGUUUAUACAGGACUCGGUGGCUAGGUUUUGAGUGAUUCCAAGAUCAAGGGAAAUGAUGGUUAUUGGAAAAGAGAAAAAAUAACUUACUUUAUAUCGAGUGAGGAUAAAAUAUUUCAGAUCUUUGAAUCAUCUCUAUUUCAUCAACUUUCUUCCCUGGUCUUCCAUUUUCAUCCCCAGAGCUGAAAAAUCCCUGGCAUAUAAAUUAAAUCAAAGAAGAAGGGGAGGGAAAGUGUUCUAUAACUCAUAAAAGAGAGGGAAAGAAGAUAUUGGUUUUUAUUUGGAAAGCAUCUGAGAAUCUUGCUGUUAAGUGCAUUUACCUGAAGGGUCGGGAACAAGUUACAUAUCAGGAAUACGCAGAGCACAAAACCUGUGAGUGGAAUUAAGAACUUGCAGAAAAAUUUAUUAACAUCAUUAAAAGUGAAACACCACAAUCAUAGAUUCUCAGAAGCACCUUGCUACAUUUAUGGCAUAGAGUUCUUUAAAAAGAAGUUGGAAUCACCACCAAAUUCCUUCUGAAUAGCUUUAUGGCAAAUGCUGACCCAUUAUUUGAAGUGGGACUAUGGUGAUGAUGAUAGUUCAUAAAAAAACAGAGAAAUACACUGUAAGCAUAUUUAAAUGCUGAGAUAAGAAAGCAAACUAAUCCCAUAGCACCUAAAAGAAUUUAGUGGGAAGUUGAUAGGAAUUCUUGAGCAUAUAAAUAGGUAUGAUCACUUUGGAAAGAAAUAAAAUAUGAAAAUUCUCAAAGAAUACGAGGUAAAUAACAAAUCAAAUAAUUGCCUUAUUCUCACUUAGUUCUCCCCAGCUUUUCGUGGCUAAUAUAGUAAAUCUAGAGGUUUCUUUGCCUCCUU